CUGUGCCAGGGCUUAUUUUGGGGACGGGUCCCACCCCCGAGGGGCUGCUUCGGCUGAGGGGCGCUGUGGGGACCCCACCGAGGGGCUGUGUGUGUGUUGAGGGGGGGUUUGGACCGCCCCGAAGGUCUCUGUGUGAGGCAACAGGAUGCCCCCCUCACCCCUGAGGGGCUGCGAAUGAAGUGAGGGGACCUCCCGCAAUGGGACGUGUAUGAGAUCUCCGGUUGCAGCCAUGAUGCCUGUGGCCACUGUGAUGCCCGAUGACACGCCCAUGUUUGACCCCAGAAUCCUGCAGGAACUCGACUGGAGUGAGAACACCACGACAUUUUCUCCUGCUAUUUCUCCACUGGAUCCAGGGGAUGGGCUGGUCCUGAGRCCACUUUGCACAGCUGAUUUAAAUCGAGGCUUUUUUAAGGUUCUGGGUCAGCUGACGGAAACCGGAGUUGUGAGCCCGGAGCAGUUCAUCAAAACCUUUGAGCACAUGAAGAGGUCUGGAGAUUACUACGUUACCGUGGUGGAGGACACAAACCUUGGGCAGAUCGUUGCUACAGCAACGCUGGUUAUAGAACAUAAAUUCACUCACUCCUGUGCCAAGAGAGGCAGGAUAGAAGAUGUGGUGGUCAGCGGGGAGUGCAGAGGGAAGCAGCUCGGAAAACUAUUAAUAUCCACCCUCACCUUGCUAAGUAAGAGACUGAACUGUUACAAAAUCACCCUCGAGUGUCUGCCCAAAAAUGUGGAUUUCUACAAGAAGUUUGGCUAUUUGGUAUCUGAAGAAAACUACAUGUUUCAACGGUUCUUUAAUUAACAGCUUCUAGGUGUUUUGGUUUUUGUUUUUUUUCUUGGAAAGACUGUUGGUGGAGGAGCUUGUGCUACAAACAUUCUCUCCGUGGAAAAUUUAUAUAGUUUAUUGCUGCAAAUAUAACAAUCCCUAUAAAUAAUGAACAUCAAAUGUGUAAAUCCUGGGGAAAAAAAUAUUGAGGUUUUAGAAAGGGUCCUCUGGGUUAGAAAUUAAGUUUAGAACUAAUUUUUACUACUGUUGAGUCGAGGUGGAGCUUUUCCAUUCUAGCUGAGUUACAAAGGACUCGUUAAAGGGAUGGUUUUUAACCAAAGGUAUAUAUUUUUAUCUCAAAUUUUUUCUUGCAUUGUAUUUUUCUAAAGGUUUGUGCUUCUUUUCUCAGUAGCCAAAGGACAGCCCAUGGRAUUGUCCUCCUGGCUGUGCUGAUGGAAGGAUGACGUAGCUGGGGAAAGGAUGAGGCUUCUCUUACGCAGAAUUAGUGACACAGAACAGGCCUUUGUUCUGUUUUUUUCCAUGACACCUCGUGGAAGUGCUGGUGGUGCAUCAGAAGUUUUAUAGGCACUAUUUUCCAAGACUGGAUUUGUUACUGAUGGUGCAGGUAGGGGAGAAUCCUUAUGGGCUGUGCUAAAUUCCCAGUCUAAAAAUGGAUGUGCUUCUCACUGCAGGGCUCCUGCACUUUAGCUGAUAACUUGGUUUUCAGGAUAAUUAUUUUUUUUUCUGACACAACCCAAACAUGGUUUGCAACAGGGCAGAGUAACUGGGAAACUGUAAUGUCUGAUAGAAUAUAUCCCACAUGGAGUGGGGUUCUGGUUAGUAAUCACUGGGAAGGGGAUUGGGAAUGGCAAAUUCAGCUUCACCUGAGAGAGCUGGGGGUGUUCAGCCUGGAGAAGGCUUAGAGCCAUUUCCAUUACCCAAAAAUGAGGAAGAGGGACUUUUAUAUGGGCAGAUAGUGCCAGGACAAGGGGGAAUGGCUUCCCACUGCCAGAGGGCAGGGAUGGAUGGGAUACUGGGAAGCAAUUCCUGGCUGUGAGGUGGACAGGGUGCCCACAGAAGCUGUGGCUGCCCCUGGAUCCCUGGCAGUGCCCAAGGCCAGGCUGGACAGGGCUUGGAGCAGCCUGAGACAGUGGAAAGUGUCCCUGUUGGAAUGAGAUGGGCUUUAAGGUCCUUUCCAACCCAAACCAUUCUGGGAUUCACUGAACACACCUGGCCAAGUCACUGCAACUCCAGCGAGCCAGGUGAGCUCUGGUUUUGCCAGUAGGGAUCUCCACCUGUGGCAAACCAGGACAGAAAUCCCCCCCCUUCUGCUCCUGAGGGAUUGUUGCUGCUUUGGAGCUUCCCUCUCACUGUAAGAUUGGAUAAAUUAUUUUAGCACUUUUGCCAAGGGUGGCGAGCAAAUAACGUCGAAAGCCCUGUUCCCAACAGUGGUGUUUUGUGUGGGGAGUGACAAAUCCCACAUCCAUGAAUAGGGCAUUAUAACCAGCUGGGGUUGUUUGUGGGCAGCCAGGCYUUCCACACUGUCCUGCUUUGUGCUCUGGAGAGCAGCUCUACACUGYUGGGGGCUCUGCUUGAUCUUCCUGAGGGUUCUCCACUCCAUACAGUGUCUCUUUGGUGAUGUCUGGUUUAUUUAUUGAUUAUUUUUUUAAGGAAUAUCUUUGUUUAAGCUGAAUAAAUGAUUGCCACCUGUA